ACGGGGAGGGCGCAUUUCUCUGGGCGAGUCAUGUUGCCAUGUGUACGGGAGGCAUACAUUUCAGGGUAGUAGGCAGGUCGCUGUGGGUACAGCCCGGGUGUAAGCGGGCGGGGACGGGGACGUCUCGCUUUCGUCGGAGUUCCGUUUACUGCUCCCAUAACAGUCCGAAGGUCCGUGGAGUGCGGGUCUAAAAGUCCGGUGGGCGCAGUUCGCUAAACGUCUGUUAGUCCCCGGCUAGUGCCGCGUAGCGACGUGUGUGAGUGAAAGAUUGGCCAUUAAAGCCACGGUGUUUUGUUUUGUUUUUGUUUUUGUUUUGUUUUUGUUUUGCGACUUUGAAAAAACUUGAGGACUCUUUUUUUAUUAUUAUUAAGCAAUGUCGAUAACACAGAUGCGUCUGUUUCAAAGUGCAAGUGUGCGUCUUUUCAAUCGGAGGCGAAAUGACUUGACGCUGGGUCGCAGCGGGCUGCAGCAGCCGGUGGGGGCCGGGGGUCCCGGUGUCCACUCAGUCAUUCCGUGUCCGCUGUCCCCCUCCUCUCUCCCCGGCAGAGCCAUCUCUGGACUCAGUGCAUCGCGGCGGGGACUCACCCAGGCGAAAAUGGCCGAGAACGGAGUAGCCCCCCGGGGCAAAGUGUUGACCAUCGACACCAUGAACCCCACUGUGAAGAUGGUUGAAUAUGCUGUGCGUGGACCCAUCGUGCAGCGUGCGGUGCAGAUUGAGCAGGAACUGAAAGAGGGAGUGAAGAAGCCCUUUGCUGAGGUCAUCAAGGCCAACAUAGGUGAUGCACAUGCCAUGGGCCAACAGCCAAUCACCUUCUUUCGCCAGGUCUUGGCACUCUGCUCUUACCCUGAACUGUUGAACGACAGCACAUUCCCAGAGGAUGCUAAAAGCAGAGCACGCCGCAUUUUGCAGUCCUGCGGAGGGAGCAGCAUGGGUUCCUACAGUGCCAGUCAGGGCAUAGACUGUGUGCGUCAGGAUGUGGCCUGCUACAUUGAGAGGAGGGAUGGUGGGGUUCCCUGUGACCCAGAUGACAUUUACCUCACCACAGGCGCCAGCGACGGUAUCAUGACCAUGCUGAAGCUGCUGGUUUGCGGUGAGGAUGAGAGUCGUACCGGCGUGAUGAUCUCCAUCCCCCAGUACCCGCUCUACUCAGCUGCCCUGGCCGAGCUGGGUGCCGUGCAGAUCAACUACUAUCUGAAUGAAGACAAGUGCUGGAGUCUGGACAUCAGCGAGCUUCAGCGCGCCCUGGAGGAGGCCAGGGCUCAUUGCAAACCCCGAGCUCUCUGCAUCAUCAACCCUGGAAACCCCACCGGCCAGGUCCAGAGCAGGCAGUGCAUCGAGGAUGUCAUCCGUUUCGCCGCAAAGGAGCACCUCCUCUUGAUGGCUGAUGAGGUGUACCAGGAUAACGUGUAUGCUGAGGGUUGCCAGUUCCACUCCUUUAAAAAGGUGCUGUUUGAGAUGGGACCAGAGUACUCCAACACCGUGGAACUGGCAUCCUUCCACUCCACCUCCAAAUGUUACAUGGGAGAGUGUGGCUUUCGUGGAGGCUACAUGGAAAUUAUAAACAUGGACCCGGAAGUGAAGAGUCAGUUGACUAAGCUGGUGUCAGUCCGUCUGUGUCCCCCUGUCCCUGGACAGGCCCUUAUGGAUCUGGUGGUCAACUGCCCCCAGCUUGGGGAGCCCUCCUACAACAACUUCAUCAAGGAACGCACUGCCACCUUAAAUGCCCUAGCAGAGAAGGCCAAGCUGACGGAGCAGAUUUUGAACACGGUGCCGGGGAUCAGCUGUAACCCGGUGCAGGGUGCCAUGUACUCCUUCCCCAGCAUCACUAUCCCCAAGAGAGCCAUCGAGGAGGCCACGGAGAAGGGCCAGGCUCCAGACAUGUUUUACUGCAUGAAGCUGCUGGAGGAGACUGGGAUUUGCCUGGUCCCUGGAAGCGGCUUUGGCCAGAAGGAGGGAACCUACCACUUCAGAAUGACCAUUUUGCCACCAACUGAAAAGCUGAAGACCCUGCUGAAUAAAGUGAAGGAGUUCCACCAGAACUUCACCGAGCAGUAUUCCUAAACUGCCAUAUCGCUUCCUCCAGUCAGAGGAGAGGAGUGCGCCAACAGACACCAGGAUCGGCCAGUCAGAAUCCACCUGUCGUUCUUAAGUGCCUUCCCCCACAGUGGCUCUGGUGGUCUCUAUGAUGAUACACUUUCAGCCUCAACAAGAUUGCCAUUUUUGGACGUAUGUGGACGAUACAUAAGGCACUGUUUGCAUCAAAAAUCUCAAGACCAGAGCAGAUACAGUUUUUUUUCUUUUUUUUUUAACAGAGGGAUUUGUCUGUUUAGUAUGGCAUGUAUAACUUGAUAUCAUCUGUGUCAUUUCAGUUUUGAAGGCUAUAUGUGUAACUAAGUCUAUGUAUAUGUUGAGUAUGAGAGAGCGCUUGUCUACAUGUGCAUCAGGAAAAUGAAGCGGUACGAGGGAAAAGAAUAUGAAGACGCUGCAGGCGAACCUUGACAUAACGCAUGGAAAGACCUGACGUUCAUGAUAACUUAGAGCAGAGUUGAUUUUGUAUUUUCAAAAUAAAAAAUAACAAUUCAUAUUAUGGCUGUCAUUGCUUUGCUACACAAAGUAGGCUUUUUAGGAAGACUGUGGUGUAUUUAUAGCUCACAGUUAGACCUCAUGACAACUCUCCAAAACAUCAAGAU